AGUCAGUUCUGUUAAGUCGUUCAACAUGCGGGCUGAAAAAAUAGCAAUCGUGCCCAUUUUAAAUAAUUGAACACAAUUUGUACAUAAAUAAUAACAAAAUUAAAUGUGAAAUCCAAGACUUGCAUUUAUAAAUGAAUGUACAAAACUUACUGUUGAUUGCUGUCUGUGUUUGUGUGCGGCUCUCUUUCUCUCUUUGAGUUCGCUUUCAUAUGUUAAUGCUAUUGUUUUCUGGCCUUUAUCUUAAAAAAAAUAAAAGUUUCGCGCUAUCGCCAAACAGCAGCAGCCGCUCCCAUUAAACAGAAUUCUUGCUAAGCAGCAUCUACAGCAGAGACAGCAAAAGAAGACCAAAUCUAAAACAACAACAAGAACAACAACAACUGCAAGUGAAAGCUGCAAUUGGAUGCCGACGUUGCCACGCCCACAAUGACAGCCGCUCCGCCCGUCCAUAACAAUGGCGAACAGGAACAGGAACAGCAACAUGAUCAACAAUGCGCAUUAGUUAAACGUGCCGAGGAUGAGCGUGAGGAUAUAUUUAAACGCUAUGAACUGGGAACGGAUCCCUCAAAUAAGGUCGACUCCUGGGAGAAUCCAACAUUUGAGAUCUAUCACAAAACCGAUAAAUACGGCUUCAUGCACGCCGCCUGCCUGCCAUCCUCACGCGACUCCGAAGAGGCGCAGCGCAUCAAGAUCGAAUUGGAGCGCGACAAGAAAUGGGUGAAAAUGUUGAAGGAUUGGCCACCGCCACAUGAGAAGCUGCACAAGCGCGUCUACAAAGGUAUACCGGAUCGUAUGCGUUGGCCAGCCUGGAAGAAAUUGCUUAACGUGCAACAGUCAAUGGAUACCAAUGAGGGCAUCUAUGCGCGUAUGCUGCAAAUGGCCAAAGAGAAUGCAACGGAGACGCGUCAAAUCGAUGCGGACGUCAAUCGUCAGUUUCGAGACAAUGUCGCCUAUCGGGAACGCUACAGUGUCAAGCAAUGCUCCCUGUUCAAUAUAUUAAAUGCAUAUAGCGUUUAUAAUUCAGAGUUGGGCUAUUGCCAGGGCAUGGCGUGUGUGGCGGGCGUUCUGCUGCUCUACAUGCAGGAGGAGGAGGCAUUCUGGGCUCUAAACACACUGAUUACGGAUCCCAAAUUUGGCAUGCACGGCCUGUUCAUUGAGGGUUUCCCCAAGCUGACGCGCUUCAUCGAGCAUCACGAUCGCAUUCUGUCCAAGUUGAUGCGUAAAUUACACAAACAUUUUAUCAAACAUAAUGUGGAUGCGUUGCUGUAUGCCAUCAAGUGGUUCUUUGUCGUCUUUGUGGAGCGCGUGCCUUUUAGUCUGAGUUUACGUGUUUGGGAUAUUUUUCUGCUGGAUGGCGAUCGCGUCAUUUUGGCCAUGGCUGUUACCAUACUCUAUCUGCACAAGGAUGAGCUGUUGCGCCUGAAGGAUAUGGAUGCCAUCAUUGAAUAUUUGCAGGUGAAGCUGCACAAGAAUUUCGGUUAUAAUGACGACGAUGCUGUUCAAGCGUUGGAGCGUAUUAUGAAGAAGCUAAGGGAUUUGAAAUUGGAUGUGCCGCCACCAGCAAAAUCCAAUGAGUUUCCCACACGAGAGCUGGGCGUAUUUGUCGAGGCUGAUCGGGAUAAGAAGACGGGACAGAGGCGUGACUAUACCAAUACGGAGAAGCAAGUCUUAACCGAUAUAAUGUCAAGACAAGAACACAAUGCAAUCGAGGUACAAUCAACAGUAUCCUAUGAGACAUCCGAAUGCGCAACGGGUGAUGCGUAUUCAAUGAAAACCUAUCAGAGUAUGACUAGUUUAGCCACCUCGACCGCAAAUAGCAGUUAUUCGCUGUGCAGCAAUGGCUACGUGAUCACCACCACCACCAACGGCCCCGACGACAAUCGCAGCCAGAGCGUUAACAAUCUCAACUAUGCCGCCUGGCAAUAUCAGCAGCAGCACCACCACAUGCACCACGAUAGAUUAUCAAAUCCGAGGCACAGCUACAGCAGCGAUAAUAGCGAUAGUCGCAAUCGACUCGAUCUGGACAGGGCCCUGGAGCCGCUGCAGAGCCAGCAUAUGCUACAUUUGCAGCCAGAGAGUCAUCACCACCACUACCAACAACCAUCAAUCAAACAAUCACCUCACGGCACACGCAUUCUUGUCCAGAAUCAGAAUGGAAUCGCAGGCAGCGUCGCUCCUCAUGGGAAACAACAAAUUCUAAACAAUCAGCACAAAGACGAACUUAAUCAUAAUAUCGAUAAUGAUGUUGAAGAUGACGAUGAUGCGCUGAGCGUGGAAAAUACGCGUCUUUAGUCUGCUUUCUAUAUAGUAUAUAUAUUUAUGCCGUAGCAUUUAAGUUUGAUUUUGUACUUGAGUAUUUAAUUUACGAUUAUACCCUGUUUUUUUGUUUUUUGGUUUGCCGUUUGCUCAAUUGAAAUUGUUAUGCCAAUUGAUUAGUUCAAAUUACAGUGUAUUAGCUUUAAUUUUUGUGUACAACAACAUUGGCUAUCGUCAUUUUGCUUUAUGUAUAUUAGUGUAAUACGUUGCAAAAAGAAACAUUUCUCACACACUCUGAUAUUACUUAGUCACACGUCAUACGAUAUCUACAAAGAAACAAACAAAAGAAAACAACUGAUAAUUCCUAAGAAACCAACGAUUCCAGCAAUACGUACAACGAUUUUCAAUGCACAACCCAUAAAACUAUCGUGAACUUAUUUACUUACUUAUAUAUACAAUAUAUUAUAUAUAUAUAUAUACAAACUACUGAUAUACUUAUGCUUACAUAUAUGUUGUAACUGCAUAUAUACAAAAUGUACUAUUAUUUCUGCCUAAGUUGAGUAUUGCAUUUACAUAUUUUGCUACACUCAAAACAUUAGUUUAUUGUUUACUGUUCGAGUUGAAGCCAAAUUCACAUUGUAGCUCUAGCAAAAUCGUAUGUAAUAUAUAUAAUAUACAAAAUUAGUUAAAUGCCACACAUAAAUAAAAAUAUAAUUUUUUGUACUGAA